AUGAAAUCAAUCCUGAAGACUACCAAGGUUCCGAUUCUUGAUUUCACGAGCCAGCAAGACUUGAAACCAAACACGUCUGUGUGGCGUUCAAUUUCCAGAGAUGCUUGUGAAGCCUUAGAGGAAUACGGCUGUUUUGUGGCGGUUUACGAUGGAGUAACGCAGCAACUAGACGAUUCAGUCUUUGCCGCUGCUAAGGACCUGUUCGAUCUCCCGGCGGAGACGAAGAUGAAGAAUGUAAAUGAGAAGCCGUACCACGGCUACGUUGGUCAAAUGCCUAUAAUCCCUCUUCACGAGGGUCUUGGAAUUGAUUAUGUUACCAACAAAGAAGAUGCUAAGAAAUUCACUAAUCUCAUGUGGCCUCAAGGAAACGAUCGGUUUUGCAAAACCAUACACGCUUUCUCAAACGCAGUUGCGGAAUUGGACCGACUAGUGGUGAGGAUGAUAUUCGAGAUCUACGGUGUUAAGAAAUACUACGAAUCUCACUUCGAAUCAAAGACUUACCUACUCAAAUUUCUCAUGUAUUUGGCUCCACCAGAGUCUGUCUCAAUGCCAGCUUUUCCUCAGCACACAGACAAGACUUUCUUAACGAUACUUCACCAAAACGAUGUAAAUGGUUUAGAGGUAAAGUCAAAAGACGGUGAAUGGAUUUCCCUUCAACUCCCACUCAAGUCAUACGUCGUCAUGGCCGGUGACAUCUCUAUGGGUUGGAGCAAUGACAGGAUACGUUCUUGUGAACAUAGAGUGACAAUGGAAGGUGACAAGGUGAGGUACACUAUAGGUCUUUUCUCGUUCCUUACGGGCUCGGUUUCUAUCCCUGAGGAGCUUGUGGAUGACGAACAUCCUCUUAUGUAUAAGCCAUUCACUAACAUCGCUCUCAUAAACUUCUUUGCAACCAAAGAAGGCCGUGAAGCAAAUUCCACUCUCAAAGCAUAUUGUGGUACAGAAGACUGAUAAUCAAAGUGAUAAUGUUUUUAGAAUUAAUUAACGUGAUGUUAUCAUAUUGAUCAGUGAUCAAAUUAAGUGAUAAUGUUUUAGAAUUGACGUGAUGUGAUCUGAUUGGAUCUCUACUUUAUUUUCAGUGAGAUAGGAUAAAAAGUUCAAAUCAUUUUCCAACGAUUUGAUCCAGUGAAACCGAUUAGAAGUCGCAUACUACACGUCUAAAACAAGCCCUAAAACAAUAGGAGU